AUGACGCUGAUUCUAGACGCUUACUCACCGAUACGUUAUUCACCAAAAGGCUUAUCCGAACUGUUCACAUUGAACAUGCAGUGGCGUAUCUCGGUUGGAGCAUCGUUCAGUUUGUACCAUAGGCUGAAUCGUCGCAGAAGGAAGAGGGAAAAAAUAUUUGAUGCAUUCCACGGCAAGAUGGCUGGCGUCAACUUCAACGGUCUCAUGAUACUGGACCUACUUGCGCAAGGUUGGUUCACAAUUGAUGGUGUGCUGAUGACGCUGAACUGA